CGCUGUCAUUUUUCGAUUUUCUCAACCAGACAAACGGAUAUGACCAGCACGACGACGGUGUGUAUCUUUGACGGCUGCGCGCUCCCGAGCCGCCCCAACUCGGUCAAGUGCAUGUUCCACCGUAACCGCGGCGUUUGCAAGACGCCCCACUGCCACAACCAAGUGUACGCGCGCCAGCUCUGCGUCUCGCACGGCGGGCGCAACCCGUGCCAAGAGCCCGGCUGCGACGCCAACGCCCGCCUCGGGCAGUACUGCUGCCGCCACAGCAUCGCGGCCAAGAAGCGCCUCGGCGUCGCACCGAGCCCGCGUCCGUGCCGUUUCGAGGGCUGUCUCACUGCCGCACGCACCGGCGGCUACUGUUGGCGUCACCGGCACCGGCCGUCGCUGGCUGGGAUCGAGCCGAUCCCUGUCCAUGCUAUGGAGCACGAGUUGAGCAUGGACGAUGAUAUGCUCGAUCUUCUGCGGCUACUGCUCGGCGAUGGCGCCACCCACGGGUGGAAUGAAGCGACAAUGCGCACGCCCCAUCACGCGGGUGGCACCGAAAUGAUUUAAUUUUUAUGUAUUCACAAGUACCCAAG